AUGCAUCUCCAAUCGGAGAAGGAAAAAUAUUUUGCUGCAUAUCAAGAGGGUUAUAGGAAAUAUGAGGAAAGGUGUUUUGGUAUCCUCCAAACUCAGUGGGCAAUCAUUAGGGGGGCUGCUUGUAUGUUUGAUGAAGAGGUGCUUCGGAGCAUUAUGAUGAUGCGCAUCAUCCUCCAUAACAUAAUUGUGGAGAAUGAGUGUGAUUAUGAUGAACCAGAGAUGUUCAAACUCGAUCCCAUGAACACGGCAUUGACAAGAAUUUAUGAAAGGCCCGUGGGAGCAAAUGGACAACCACUAGAGCACGAAUUGUUGACUACGGAUGGUCGUUACAACAAGCAUAUGAUUGAUCGUUAUACGGAAAUGCAAUCUUCUUAUGUUCACAAAAACUUCAAGUUGACUUGA